AAGGCAGGCCCUUGCACUACACAGUUGAAGGUAAAUCUAAAGGAAAUUAGGCAGAAAUUGGACAGAAAAUUGUAUAGUGUAUGGCCAGCCCUAGUUUUGUCAGUGUAUCUGACUCAAAGGAGUAGGUUUUCUAAAAGUGCUGCACUCAGAAUCUGGUGCAGCGGUGCAUGAUAGUAAAUCGUCUUCUAACCUCAGCUUGUUCAAUUAAGCUUUGGCACUAGAACCUGGAAGCUGAUUGGUUUCUAUGCAGAUCUGUGAUUGGUCGCAGCUUGUCACAUGGUACAAGGCUGUUGUGAAUAGCCUUGUACCAUGUGACCUAUGUGUUCAUUCACAGAU